GCGCUUUAGUUUAGAAGGUUAUGGAUUUAAGGUUCGGGGUGUGGCAUAUUAUUGCAAUUUGAAAUGUUCUAAUUAUUUAACAACUAGUGAAUCACAUGGAAAUAUUAAAUCAGUACACUGUAAUUAGUUUUUAUUGACGGUCGGUGUUUUUAUGUUGUGUCUUAGUUCCGUCAUUUGAUUGGAAGCCUUUCCGUCAAGUUGAACGAUUUCUGGUUUUUCGUUUAUUAGAAACAUUAUUAGUGGAGUUACAAAGGAUAUAACGUCUGAAAAGUGAAACCAAUACGGAAGUUUACGAUUUAAAACGAUGGGAACGUUGAGGUCAGAAAAAAUGUCUGUCUAACUAUCCAGACAAUUAAGGCUUACUGGUAGCUUAGACAGUAGGUAAACAAGCACCAGCUGAGGCAAACAUUACUUGAUAGACCACAUUAGAUGAAAUCAUCAGCGCAAAAUUUGACGUGGGAUGUUGAGCAUUACCACCCCCACUCAGCCCCACGCAUACACCGAAAUGUCUCGCUUAGCCGACUACUUCGUAGUCGUCGGCUACGAUCACGAGAAAGAGAGAGGUGGAACCAGUAGAGGCAUUAUUCUACAAAGGUUUCCUGAUCAGGACUGGCCUGACACACCAUUCAUUGAUGGAAUGGAAUGGUUUUGUCAACCUCAAGGAUGGGCAUUAUCUACAGAACGUCAGGAACCACGAUUUUAUGUCUCUAUUUUGACUGAUAUUGAUGCUAAUCGUCACUACUGUGCAUGUAUGUGCUUCAAUGAAACUAUUUCUAUUACACCUAGCAAACCUGUAGAUGAAGAAGAAGAUCCUGUAGAUGGCGAUAGCCGUACUCUGGUCAGAACAAUUCCUACAAUUACACAUCAUAGCAUUAUGUAUGCACCAAAAUGUCUGGUGCUGGUCUCCAGGCUGGAUUACAUUGAAACUUUUCGGAACUGCCUAGGAAUUAUUUAUACGGUGUACGUAGAAAAUCUUGGUAUACCUCUGGAAACAUUAGUAGGAAACAUCUUGGGUUGUAUACAAGUACCACCAGCUGGUGGGCCACAGGUCCGAUUUAGCAUCGGGGCUGGUGAUCGUCAGGCGUUGCAGCCGCCAAUCAGUCCCUCGCUUCCUAUUACGCAUACGAGCGUAAGUCUACUGUUUCAACAACUGGGUAUUCGAAAUGUAUUGGUAUUAUUCUGUACGGUGAUGACGGAACACAAAAUACUCUUCCAUUCGGCCAGUUACUCUCGCUUAACAGAGGGUUGUCGAGCUCUUACCGCACUGAUGUAUCCUUUUAGAUACACGCACGUUUACAUUCCACUUUUACCCGCGGCUCUGGUCGAAGUACUGAGUACGCCUACACCGUUUAUUAUGGGGGUACAUAGUUCUUUAAAGCACGAAGUUGCAGAAUUGAUGGAUGUGAUAGUAGCUGAUUUAGACGGUGGCUCAAUAAUGGUGCCGGAUGGUGUCUCUCUAUCUUUGCUUCCUGAACCACUUCUUUCUCAAACACAAGACGCUCUUUCCCUCGUCUUACAACCAGAGUUGAAUUGUGCAGAUUAUGCGUUUCCGCCAUUAACCACAAGAGCUCCACAUCCUCCUAUGUUGGAUAAAGAACUUAGAGCAGUUUUUAUGCGUACAUUUGCGCAAUUGCUCCAGGGUUAUCGUAGUUGUCUUACCCUGAUCCGAAUUCAUCCAAAACCAGUUAUCACUUUUCACAAGGCAGCGUUUUUGGGUGAAAGAGGUUUGACAGAUUGCGAUUUCACUACGCGAGUACUGGAUUGUAUGUUUUUCACAUCAUUCAUCGCGGAGAGAGGUCCCCCCUGGCGACCUUGUGAUGUGUGGGACGAAUUGUACAGCAACCUGAGUGAUCAGUUGAAACAAGAAAUACAAGAACCUGGACUUGUUUUGACGCACAUUCAAGAAUUAGCCCAGCAGCUGUAUACGAAUGAAAAUCCAAAUCCUCAACCAUAUGUGCAGAAGAUCUUGAAACCACCCGAAGGAGCUUUCGCUCGAAUACAUCAACCCCUUCUUCCACGUAUCAAUUCUGAACAAGUACAAGCUAUAAUUGACGAAGGUCUUGCCAAAAAUAAUCUGAAAGUCAGAUUGUCAUCAUUAAGGCCCGUUCAACCGCGAAUAGUUCCGAUGGGACCGCACAUUUCCAUAGUCCAUGACACGAGACAUUUAGUCAGCAAUUCUGCUCGUAGAUUAGAGGUUUUACGUAAUUGUAUAAACUGCAUAUUUGAGAACAAAAUUUCGGAUGCAAGAAAAACUUUUCCGGCGGUGCUCCGUGCAUUGAAGAAUAAAACUGCGCGCCUAGCCCUAUGCAUGGAAUUGUCGCAACACGUCGUCGGUAAUAAAGCUAUGCUUGAACAUCAGCAAUUUGAUCUCGUAGUGAGGCUGAUGAACUGUGCUCUGCAAGAUGAUUCAUCGAUGGAUGAGCACGGCGUUGCUGCAGCUUUGCUGCCACUCGCAACAGCUUUCUGCAGAAAACUUUGCACCGGGGUUAUUCAAUUUGCCUACACCUGCAUACAAGAGCAUGCUGUGUGGCAGAAUCAACAAUUUUGGGAAGAUGCGUUUUAUUUAGAUGUUCAAAAAGACAUUAAGCGUCUGUAUCUACCCGGAGAGAAUUCACAGUCUAAAUUAGCGAAUGAUAAUGUACUCAUUCCUAUCAGUCCACGAGAGAGUAAAGACCUCCCGUUCAAAGAUCGAUGUUCAGUUUAUCGAACGCAAGAACCUUCUGCUUUGGAAAUUGCUGCUGAGCAAAUGAGAAUCUGGCCAGUAAUUGACCCAGAGAAACAACGAGAACUUAUCAGCAGCGAAGAGAGCACCAUGUAUAGUCAAGCUAUUCAUUACGCAAACAGGAUGGUCUAUCUUUUAGUUCCUCUGGAUAUUGGGGCUAAAAUUCACCGCCAAGACAACGUAUAUGACGACGAACGAGCUAGCAACAGUAUUACCAACAGUGUAGCAAGUGACAGUGGCGAUGCGGAAUCGGGCUUUGAAGAAACGGAUCCUGGUGAAACUGGUGCAGCCGUAAUACGAAUGGUUUCCCGAUUUGUAGACCGUGUUUGUACAGAAGGAGGUGUAAGUACGGAACACGUUAGGUGUCUUCAUCAGAUGGUUCCUGGAGUCGUUCAUAUGCACGUGGAAACCUUAGAAGCGGUACAUAGAGAGAGCAAGAGAUUACCUCCUAUACAAAAGCCAAAGAUUUUGACGCCAAAUACGUUACCUGGAGAGGACGUAAUAAUGGACGGCCUACGCGCUUAUCUUCUACCAGAUGGAAGAGAGGAAAGUUCUGCAGGUCUCCCAAAAAUACCACCUCUGUUACCCGCUGAAGGAGCCAUUUUCUUGACGAAUUACAGGAUCGUAUUUAAAGGAAUACCUUGUGACCCGUUUGCAUGCGAGCAGUUGGUCGUUCGAGCUUUUCCAGUAACGUCCCUUACUAAAGAAAAGCGUGUAGCUGUACAACAUUUGGCACAUCUGGAUCAGUGCCUACAGGAAGGUCUUCAGCUUCGUUCCGCUACCUUCCAACUUAUAAAACUUGCAUUUGAUGAAGAAGUUACACCUGAAAAUAUAGAGACACUGAGGAAAUUAGUUCACAAAGAACGUUAUCCUCCGCAUAUAUUCCACCACUUCGCAUUCAAUGGUCAAGUCUUGGUGACUCCCACCGCUCAUCAGAAAGGGAAAGAAAAAAAUGCUACACUCAAAGGUUUUGCAAAGAAAACUCUUCUAAAAACAGCUCGAAAAGCUGGUUUUAAACCGAAACAGUCCUCAAAGAGGCAAAAAUACGUCUUGCCAAAUAUGAAUCUUACAAGCAGCAAUAAAUACAUGACCUCACCUGGCAGGAUGAGUUUACCAGUAACGGAUAAUAACGACUUAAGCCAUGACGAUGAUCUCAGUGUUGAUGAAUUUGAGAUCCCUGGAAUUGUAACACAGCCACCGACUGAUGCAAAGACCUUAGAACGUUUGUCGGAACGCAGUUACGUCAGGGACUGGUAUCGACUGGGUUUAUGUCCAAGUAGCCCACACAAUAAUCGUCGAAGUGAACCAUUUCGUCUUACAUCAGUUAACUGUGCGUAUAUGAUGUGCAGAACCUAUCCUGCACUUCUCAUAGUUCCUAGCUCUAUAUCAGAUGAAAGCAUUCGUAGAUUUUCAAGACUAUACAGACAUAACAGGGUACCAGUUGUUACUUGGAGGCAUCCAAAAACAAAAGCUCUCUUACUACGGGGAGCUGGUUAUCACGGCAAAAGUGUCAUGGGAAUGCUUAAAGCCCAUCCCUCUUCUACUGGAAAUCUUAAAACCACAUCAUCUGAAAGUACAUCUUCAUUAGAACAGGAAAAGUACAUAAUGGCGCUUGUAGCUGCAACUCCGGUUUCUGUAUUGCGUCAGGGUUCGGCGUGGGGUAUGUCUGACAGUUCGCUCAGCAUAGACUCUUUACUUCUUGCUGCAGAAGAUAAAAAUGCUACUCCCGAACACUCACGAAGAAAUCCUUUUAACAAAGCUCUCGGUACUCUCGGAUCAUCAGGUGGUAAAGGUCAUAAAAACUUUGGUCGCUGGGGAUCGCUCAAAGAUAAAAGACAUAAUUCUCAAGCAUCAUUAAUGACGGUCAAUCAACGUGGAACGGUAAGGCAUUCUGCUGAUUCGGAUAGCGGUACGGAAUGCGUUCAUACAUUUCAAAGGGCAGCAUUGUAUAUACUGGGUGAGAAGGCCCACAUGAAGGGAGUUAAAUCGGAAUCCACGCCGAAAACCGAUUUCAUACCAGUUGAAUAUUACGAUGUAAGGCACACAAAAGCGGCUUUUAAAAAAUUAAUGAGAGCUUGUGUACCCAGUUCAGCGAAUCUUGAACCAGAUCAAAGCUUUUACAAGUUAAUAGAGAGUUCCGAAUGGCUACAACAGUUGCAAAAUUUAAUGCAAUUAGCCGGAGCCGUGAUAGAUCUGAUGGACGUACAAGGCUCUUCGGUGACGGUGUCGCUAGAGGAUGGGUGGGAUACUACAGCAAUAGUAUGUUCCGUGGCUCAAGCAUGCCUAGAUCCACAUUAUAGGACGAUCGAAGGUUUCAGGACACUCAUUGAGAAAGAAUGGCUUGGAUUCGGUUACCGAUUUGGUCACCGAAGCAACCUAGCUGCCAAUUCUCAAACAACUAACUUCACGCCCACUUUUCUUCAAUUUCUCGAUAUAAUUCACCAAAUUCAAAGACAGUUUCCUCUGGCAUUUGAAUUUAAUGAUUAUUACCUCAAAUUUUUGGCUUAUCAUUCGGUAUCUUGCCGCUUCCGUACAUUUCUUCUCGAUUGUGAAUUCGAUAGGGUCGAAUGUGGAAUCACGGCUGUCGAAGACAAAAGAGGUUCUUUAACGAGCCAUCACAAGGGGGUGGAUACGGGCAGUGACGAUGAGACCGUAUAUCCUGGUGGUCGAUUAGCAGGAACAACUAUGGGUGCAAACUUGGGACAGAGCAUUUUCGAUUAUAUAGAAAAACAACAUACCAGAUGUCCUCUAUUUUACAACUUCUUAUAUACCCCUAAUACGGAACAUCCGGUACUUCGACCCGUUUCUCAUCUGCCUAGUCUGGAUAUUUGGCAAUAUUACUUAGAAGAAGAGCUUGCCCACGGACCGGCUUUCGAUUUGGAAAUAUUGCAACAAGAUUUUCAACAAGAGGAAGAAGCUGAAGCUGCAGAUGGCAUUGUCAAGAGCAACAGGAAAGUCGUCACACAGGGUUAUGAUGGAGUAAGUGCAAGGAUUCCGGAUCAAUUUUCGCAUCUGCUGGAAGACAUUCAUAAAUUGGAAACGGAAUUAGGUCAUUUACCGCAAAAAUGGAAAGUGUUAUGGGACAAACUCGAACUACCCAAUACCGAUUCUCUUGCCAGACAUUCAUCAUUCAGCACGGCUCUGGUUAGGUAUCAUGGAAGACUAAUCCAUAAACGUUCUACCCUCGAAUUACUGUUGAGAGGAAAACUUGCUGGGGGAAAUACACCUGGAAACGAAAGCUCUGCGUACGCUCACCCUCAUAGAUUCGAAAGACUUGAUUCAGCGACGCCGACGCAUUGUGACGCUUGUUCCGGUGUGCUAUGGGGUCCUGUGAAGGCUGGAUUGCGGUGUGUAGACUGUGGUCAUGUAUGUCACGAUAAAUGUGCUGAUUCUGUACCAAAAAAUUGCACCAAGUACAAAGCAGUGGCUGAUAAUCUACAAUCCCAUACUCUUACAAGAAGUGGCGGUGAUAACGGAAGCGUCAAUUCCAGUGUUUCUGCAAUACAAACGUCUUCGCAACAAUACUACGAACAAUUUUCAAGUAAUGUGGCAGAAAACAGGACGCAUGAAGGGUAUUUGUAUAAACGUGGUGCCCUGCUUAAAGGAUGGAAGCAACGGUGGUUUGUCCUAGAUUCUAUAAAACAUCAACUUAGAUAUUAUGACGCUAUGGAGGAUUCUCACUGUAAAGGUUACAUAGAUUUAGCAGAAGUUGUAUCCGUCACCCCGGCAGCACCUACACCUGGGCCGCCGAAGAAGACCGAUGAUAAGUCGUUCUUUGACCUGCGUACAAAUAGACGAACGUACAAUUUCUGUGCGGGUGAUGCAACGACAGCGCAAGAAUGGAUCGAGAAGGUUCAAGCGUGCUUACAGUAGUGCCUAUCCUCGAUUCUGGUUCUAAUUUAUAUCGUUCAAGUGACUGAUAGAAUAAUGCAAACUUUAGUUUUGUUAUAUAAUUUUGUACAGCCAAACGGUAUGUGCCGCGAACUGUGAAAAUUCUGCCGUGCAAGUUCUACAAGCCAAAAUCAUUGGAAUGCUAAGAAACAUCAACUUUAGAAGAGAAGCUUGCAAAACCAAUGUUUUACGAUGUACACACAAUAUAUUGUUAUUGUAUGAAGCGCAGUUAUAUACAAGGUGUCUUAUAGGAAGAUACUAAAACUAAACAGCUGCCCAGUAACUGCAUGUGUUCGAAAACAACAGCUGAUUACUUUCAGCAACUUCCCAUAGGACACCCUGUGUAAAUAUAUUUAUUAUUUUACAUUUAGUAUUAAUUAAGGGGAAUAACAUCUUGCUUUAAUGCUCUGAACAUUGCUUGCAGAUUUAAUCUUAUAUUUAUAAAUUAAUGAAUGAACGAUAUUAGAAUUUUCAAUAUAAGUUUCUUGUAUCUGCCGAUAUGUGAUGGUUGUUACAAUUAUGACUCUCCGUUAGAAUGCAAUUUUGCUUCUUAUAAAACGGGCUGUGAAUGGAAAUGAUUCAGUAACAGAAAAUAUUCGUUUCCUCGAAGACUUUAUUUACAUAAGUAUUCUAAUAUGAGUUUAAUUAAAUACGACACAGUGAAAAGAAAAAUUGUCCGAUUUUCAGCAACAUUAGCUGUCACCUACUUAGCAGCUUGUCAUUAAUUAGCGUUUU